ACUCUCACGCAUGAGUGUACAUGGGAACAGGCUCUGGCUCCACAUUCCAAGUCAGUUCUAUAUACACUGGUAAGAGCACUUGAAAUAAAGAGGCAGCAGCUGCUCUACAUUCAUCCAGAAGGCCAGCUGAAGAGACUGGGCUGUCAAGGUAUGGUUGGUGAGAGAUCUUACUCCGCUGGAAGAUCAGAUGAGGCUCGAAGACAAAGAGUUGAAAUCAGGUGCCUUUGUGGGCUCGUUCUUCUACAUAAAGCUGCAUCUGCAGGAGAGAAACAAGUAUCAGUUUUUGUUUGAUAGCCAGAUGGAGAACAGUCUAAUGAGUUUGUACAACAGGCUAAAGAGUUUGUACCUUCCCUUGUUAACAAGGUCUCCUGUUUUAACAUGAGAAGUUUUCACACUACAUGCGGUUUCAGCCACCUCUCAGGCCAGAACGCUCUGCUCACCUUUAAGAUAUCAGAUGUCAUAGUUUUCAGUGGGAUAAGCCGGGGGUCAUGCAUGUGCACAUCUUGUUCAUCAGCAAGAAUCCAUGGGAAAUCCUAGGGCAGGAACACAAGGAGCUGUAUGUACAGAGAGGUGAGCAGGCCCCAGAAGGUGAGCUCACUUUCUCAGUGCUAGGUCAGCACUUAGAGUACAUUAAGUGAUGAGGAAGGCACUGUGCAGGAAGUAUUGGCACAGUCUAACUCAGGCAUCAAAGCAGCUACUGUCUGCAGCUGGCGUGUAGUAGAUGUGCUCAGUCACCUCACCAGUGUAAACUGUAACACAUUGAAAGCAAAGUCAUGAAGUGCAUCAUGUAAAAGCUAGCAAUCUAGCACCCUUUAUUGAAUCCACAAUUUUUGAAUUCCAUUCUUUGCAGCUUGCUCGUGAAAAGGCACUUACCUUUAUCACCUGGAUCUUCUCCAUGUUGCGUGUAGCAGCCUCUCGUGUGUGAACCAGAACCGUGAAGGUGCAGCCUGUAAGAGAACGGGCAGGCUGCAGGUCAGGGGACAACCAACAGAGGCUCAGACACUGCCUGUAAUCGUCUCCCAUUGAACAAAUCCAUGUCACUGGGCUGUAUGCACUCGUUUACCUGGGGGAUUGUUGUCCAGCACAGCAUCACACACGCUUAUCUUCAGGAUGAAGGCACGCAGUAACUGCUCCACGUGAGACAGCAAGGACUCUGAACUGUUGAGACAGCAGUUGUUAAUGGCACGCAGCAAAGUACCGGGGCCUGAAGCAGCUUCCAGAAUGUCCCCAAGGACACAGGAGUUGGAUGCUGUGAGAAAGCAUGGGAAUGAAAUCUUUACCUAAUGGAAAGGAGAGGUGGCUGGGUGAUUUCGAAGACAAAUCUCUCCACUGGGUGGUGCUCUUUAUCCAGGAUUACAACUACAACUUUCUCCACGUCGUUCUGGAAGAAUAACUGCAGUUAGAGAAGGCUGUUCCUUAAAACAAGCAGUCUUCUGCCCCCAGCACUAGCAGUUAUCCAAACCUUGAGCCCUGUCCUACUUCCAGGCUCUACAUGCAGUACGAUGUCUGCAGAGAGAAGAGAAUGCAGGAUGUGGGAUGCCAGCAAGGUUUGCAACGUGUCAUGUGGUCACACUUUUCUCUCACAAAAGCUUGAGUUCAAACCACCUUUGCUUUCUGGCUUACAGCACAGCACUCUAACUGUUCUCCCACCAGAUGGGAGCUUCAACUCAACGUUCUGCUUUUGAAUACAUUUAAGUUCACAUGUAGGAUGAGUUUAUUGAAAAUACAGAAAGAUUGAUCCUCAUGUUUAUGCAUUAGAAGCAACUGAAUGCCAGUAUUUAGCAGCAUGCCUUGACUGCAAGGAAGGAUUAAGUAUGUUUUUAUUCUUGAUUAGCAACUUUAUAAGCGAGUAUACUGUAUAUGUUAAGUACAUAAAUAAACAUUUUGAGAUGAGAGCAAUAUUUACAUUCUUUUAUUUUCUAUCUAAACCACUUGCAGUACAUUUGCCCAGCACAGGCCCAUGCUAAGAUCAUACCUUCUCGAGCAGUGGCUUUACACAGUGCAACGUGUCCUGGAUGUACUGAUUGAGCUCUGGGUGGCAGGACAUCUGUAGCAAAGAGAGCAAACAGUCAGAGCUGCGUUGUGAUGCCAGCCAGGACAGCGCUAAGAAGGAAGAACUAAAGGCAAGAUCUCUGUUUCCUAGGGAGCAUGCCUUUGUGUUACAUCCCUGCGCACAGCUGGGAAGCAUCCUGCUACUGUCAGCCACAGUCUGCUUGUGCUGUGAGUACUGCUGUGUUCUCAGCUUCAUGAAGGUCUCCUACCUGGACGGGUACGUUGUAUUUUUUUCUCUUCUGAAAGAUCCCAAUAGGGUAAACUUCUCUAACAUAUAAGAUGAGAUGAACGGCCACUUCUAGAAAUUCUGAAAGAACAUCUGCAACAACUGAAAAACAGAAGUAAAAGAUGCUGAAGGUUGCAGAGCAAUACCAUAUUCAUGUAUCAAUGUACCAAAUUGCUACAUUUAAAGACACCAGCACACAUCUCAUCUCCUUCCUAGCUGUGGGAAGUUUAGGGCUGGAGCAUCCUGCAAGAAUCCAGUUCUUAGUAUAGCACAAACACAUUACCUUGCCCAAAAUUAAGGUCCUGUCGUGUGAGCGUGGUCAUCUUGCCCAGAACCUGAAAGGCAUCACAAGAAGAAUGUUUGUCCUCUGGCUCCUAUGGUCUUAACACAGCUCAGGGGUUGCUUCACCUCCCUAACGCCAAGAAGCUGCCCUCUGAGCUCAGUGACAAGCACAGGAACACAGCCACCACAAACCCAAGGGGCUCACUGUGAAAGAUUCAAGCAAGUGGUCAAAAAUCACCAGCAGUGCAAAAAAUGAAGACAGCAUCUUUUUGUGUUCUGUCUCACACCUCACACUGUGAGCUUCUCUGCUCAUUCAGGGCAGGAUUUACACUUCCCAUUGACACUCCACAUCCCACAUACUCCCCUGCUGCCCGAGUCUCUUCACAAACUCCACACAACCAUAUAAUUCACCUAACGUGGGAUCUGUCCUGCAGGUAUUUGUGACAAGGGCAGCACAUUCGGUGGCCAAAUGGAGCACCGUGUAUCAAGGAAUCAAGCAGCUGGAGCUCAGCAUCCCAGCAGGUCCAUCAGGAGCACAGCUGCCUCACACAGAGCUCUCAAGCCCUGGUCGCUCCGAUCAGCUGCUCAGUUACCAGCCGCCAAGCUGCGCCAGCUGCCAUGGGCCGUGGUUUUCAGACCUCCAAUGAAUUACUUCACAACAUAGGGAGGUGACGCAGAGGCCCCAGGAUUAUGGCAGCUUCUUCCACCUUCUUCUCUCCGUCUCUUUUCCUGUGUGUGCUGGUUCUUAUUGACAUCACCCUUGCCGUCUCCCUGGACACUGACAUGAAGCUCAAAAGUGAGAACAACAACCACCUUCAAAACCAAGAGACGUGGCCUCAGCAGCCCAGGAGUGGGCACCACCACAAGCAUGGCUUGGCCAAGAAAGGGAGGGUCCUUGCCCUGCCUGUUAGAGGGCAGCCAGCUGGGGAAGAGGCCCUCCGAGUGGGCAGUGGAGCUCCAGCCAUGGAAGAGCUGGUGCCACUUGGCCAGCCAGCAGCGCUGAAACAGGAUAAGGAUAAGGAUGUGUUCCUGGGCUUUGAGCUCCCACACGCUGAGCGGGAGAAUCAGUCCCCUGGGUCUGAGAGGGGAAAGAAGCAGAACCGAGAGCAGCGACGGCACAGCCGCAGAGACAGGCUGAAACACCACAGAGGGAAGACUGCCGUUGGGCCAAGCUCCCUGUAUAAUAAACCUGAAAACUUUGAGCAACAGUUUCAAAACCUCCAGGCAGAGGAAGCAACCAGCCCGACCCCCACCGUGCUUCCCUUCACUGCACUGGAUCUGGUCGUUUCCACAGAAGAGCCUCCUGUUCUUCCAGCCACGUCGCCGCGGUCACAGGCCCGCCUCAGGCAAGAUGGGGAUGUGAUGCCCACCCUAGAUAUGGCACUCUUUGACUGGACAGAUUAUGAGGACCUCAAACCAGAAAUGUGGCCGUCAGCUAAAAAGAAAGAGAAACGCCGCAGUAAGAGCUCCAAUGGUGGAAAUGAAACCUCAUCGGCAGAAGGAGAGCCGUGUGACCACCACCUUGACUGCCUCCCAGGCUCUUGCUGUGACUUGCGUGAGCACCUCUGCAAACCACACAAUCGAGGCCUUAACAACAAAUGCUACGAUGACUGUAUGUGCACAGAAGGGCUACGCUGUUAUGCCAAAUUCCACCGGAACCGAAGAGUGACCCGAAGGAAAGGGCGCUGUGUGGAGCCUGAGUCGGCCAAUGGAGAGCAGGGAUCAUUCAUUAAUGUUUAGGAGGGUGGGACUUUAUCUCCUGCCUGGAUGGUCAGUAGCUGGAGUCAAACCACCUACACCUAGCAGUGAGGAUUAGAGAAGAAGUCAAGCAAAUGAUUGAAGCUGCAGGCCAGGCUCCAACAAAACUGAGGCUGGUGUUAACUCUACAGUGGUCUCAGCCUUUUCCAUACCAGGACUGUGUUCCUCCUCCCUUCCCUCAGCACGUUCCUGUCCUUGAUCUGGGUCCCCCUCUCCCAGUUAGUUGGAGAUGAUUGUGAUUGCCAGUCUGGUGGCAAGAUAUGAAAGAUCCUUCAGGUCAAGAGGGAUAGGAGCUUAAGCUUUCCCUCUCAACAGUUGCUUGAGAAGAAAGGCAGACACUCCUUAAGGAUCAGAGGUUCUUAGAGAAUUGGAAGCUUGUGGGGAGACAAAGGAGGGAGGCAAAGAUGAUAGCAGGAAGCUGCCUGGGUGAGGAGGGACCCUCUGACAGAGCUCUCCUUCUCCCCUUUGCUCACUGCUACAGACUGAUAUUCCCCAGCAGUUACACACUACCACUUCCUACCUGUCUUCUUUGAGAGUAUUCACUCCCACUCCUUCCCUUCUCUCUUGCUCCCAUAGAAUGACCUGGUUUCUGCAAGGAUGUGGCAAGGCAUCCCUGCCUGCAGCUCUCUCGUUAGUUAUCCUGCCAAGUCUGUUAUUUUUAAUGAUUAUUUUUAGGAGCUUUCAGGGGAAGUGAUAGUUUUCCUAGUGAGCCAAAAACAAGGUUUUUGGUAACAGGAGAUAGGGGGACAGGCUGUUCCACUGUAGUGAAUCCUGUGACAUGUUGCAUGUGUGUUUCCACAAUGUGUAAAUAAAGCUAUGAUAGAUA